GGUGUGGCCCAGGAUUUCGGUAGUCUACCUCAGUCACACCCAAGACCAACUCGGACAAUUUCUUUGUUCGGUGUAUUAGCGGUGUGAAGUCGGGCUCGUUGGUGUGACGAGGGUGAUGCGAUCUAUUUGAGUACCCACCGUACCCAGUUAUUUAUGCUCAUUCUUCAACCGCAUGUUGAACGACGCACAUCCACUCGUUUCUCGAUCUCGCUGGCUUCUGUUUCUCAUUGACACACCCACCGAACUUCGAUCAAAAUGAAGCAACUUUGUGCCAUUUUGCUCACCGUCCUAGUCUUUGGAGCUGUACUGGCAGAUGCAGUCCGUCGUCAGGAACGCCGGGAUACUCGCCUUGACCGCCGGGAUACUCGUCGUGAAACUCGCCGUACCGAGAUGCGCCGUGACAUGCGCCGUGACAUGCGCCGUGAGACUCGUCGUGACACCCGACGUGACGAGAGGCGUGACGAAAGACGUCGUCUUUCUUUCAAGCUAGGAGAAGACUCCGGACUCGAAAUCUUGGGAUUGAUGAAUACAGUGUUUGUAAAGGUCGGAGUGCAACGCAGUGCAGUUCCCAGCCGCACAGUCGAGUCAGCUGCCAGCUACAGCCUCAGCCCCACCGAGGAGGGGAUGCCAUAG